AUGAAGGUUCAUCGGAAGAGAACGAAGUCGCGAUUGGUGAAGUUUGAAGAAUUGCCGGAAUAUUUGAAAGAUAAUGAGUUCAUAUUGGAUCAUUACCGGUCGGAAUGGCCGGUGAAGGAUUCUUUGUUGAGCGUUUUCGCGUGGCACAACGAGACGCUGAAUGUUUGGAGUCAUUUAGGAGGCUUUUUGAUAUUUGCGGCGAUGGCGGUCAUGAGUUUUUCGGCGGUGAGGGAACUCGGAGGAGGUUUUCUCUCAAAAAUUUACAGGAACAGAGUAGGACCCGUGGGAACGCAGAUCAACGGUUCUGAAUCUCAAGAUAAAGCCUUUCAGGAUUGGCAUUUGAGACAGAUAUUGGAAGUAACCAUCUUUGAUGGAGUGACAGAAACAAUUCCAAGAUGGCCAUGGUUCAUUUUCCUAGUUGGAGGAAUGUGUUGCUUAGCUUGCAGUUCUGUUUCCCAUCUUCUAGCAUGCCACUCCAAACGCUUUAACCUCUUUUUUUGGCGUCUAGAUUAUGCCGGAAUAUCAAUCAUGAUAGUAUCCUCUUUCUAUGCGCCAAUUUACUACGUAUUUUUCUGCAACCCACACGCAAGGUGUUAUUCCAGCAGUUCAUGCUCUUGUGUUGUGUUUUAUGUGACCAGAAUACCAGAGAGAUGGAAGCCUGGAGCAUUUGAUAUUGCAGGACAUAGUCAUCAGAUAUUUCAUGUUUUUGUUGUUCUUGGGGCACUUGCACAUAGCACUGCCACACUUGUUAUCAUGGAUUUUCGAAGGGGAUCACCCACAUGUGCAUCUUAG